GUAUGUAUGCGUGACUGAGAGAGGGUGGUUGUUCACAGGUGGCCGGUCGCCGGAAAACAGCCGAAAAUCGGAAAAUUUGCGGAAACGGAACUGAAUUUAAUUUCAAGAGGAGCGAGAUGAGUGGUGUUAAAAGUCGGGUGAUUAUCGAAGUUUUGGUUGAAGACAAGUGAUUUUUUUUUUUGAUUGGUACACUAAAUACUUCAGAUGUUCCAAAACACGCUCCACCUGGUGGCCCACCGCACCAAGAUGCUCAAGAGCCUGAACAACCCCCAGAAUCCGUUCUCCAUGGACAAUCUCCUUGCCGGCAACGGCAAAUCCUCCCCCGAGAUGGACCUGGAAAGGGGCGACGAGAUGGGCGACCGCGGCGGCUACAGCCCCCCGUCCCGCUACGCCAAGCACGAGGACGACCUAAGCGACCAGGUGUCCGAAGGGCGGCUCUCACCGGGGGACAGGGGCGGCGCGAGCGACUUGCUCAGCAGGUUCAGCUGUCUGCGCGGCAGGCUGUGUUCGAACUGUGGCCGGUUGGACUGUAACUAUUUGCAAUGCAGACUGACCAGUGAAAGUUUGAUUAAGGAGACGAAACCCGUACUGAAGUUUAGUGUUAGUGCAAUAUUGGGAGACGAGAAGAGAGAUGGUCAGAAAACGACUGAAAGCCUGAUCCAUGUCACGCCGCCCGGCCUGCUAGGACUGUCAUCGUACCUUGGUGGCGGGGGUGGAGGGGGUGGCGGCACGGGGGGAGCGCAUUCGCCCUCGAUCGCCAAACCUGUUGCCAGCAGGCCGCCCCAUUUCAACCCGCAUUUGCUGCUGGCUCACUGCCGGCCGCAGCCCUAUUUAACAGUAUCCACCCCGGUGGGAUCCGGUACCCAGUCGGCCGUGUUUCCCCUGCCCGGCACCUUCCCCUGGGCGCACAGCGGGCGGGGGAAGCCGCGCAGAGGCAUGAUGCGCCGAGCGGUGUUCAGCGACCUGCAGCGCAAGGGACUGGAGCGCCGCUUCCAGAUCCAGAAGUACAUCAGCAAGCCGGACAGGAAAAAGUUGGCGGAGAAGCUGGGACUUAAGGAUAGCCAGGUGAAGAUAUGGUUCCAAAACAGAAGAAUGAAAUGGAGGAAUUCUAAAGAAAGAGAAUUGUUAGCAGCGGGUGGUAGCAGGGAACAGACUCUUCCUAACAAGAACAACCCUCAUCCUGACCUAAGUGAUGCGGAUGGAGACAGACCAAAACUAGACCUUACCGAUGUUCAAGACAUUUCACCUGCCAGUUCACCUACCGACCGCCAAAUGUCGGCACAAGACGUCCAAACGUCCAACGAUUCCCACCAGCACCAUUACACGAGCACCCCCUACGACGCCAUGGAUUAUGACAGCUCGAAUGACAGCGACGAAGAGAUAAACGUCACGUGAUUUCCCGUCAUCGUGUCCCGUCGGGUGGAGUCGGUUUUGUUCGUGGCUCGUGCCCAGUAAUAAGUCGCGUCGCAUAUGACGUCAAGCAGCGUCCUGGCGGUUGGUCGUAUAUAUUUUGAAUGCGACCAAUGAGCGUGUACUGAACGAGCUUAAGUUGGGAUUUACGAUGUGUCAACGUCACUGGAUUGUGUUUAUUUAUAAAUGUCGAUACUGUUGAAUUUUUCUUGAUUCUAAAUGUGUUUUUAUUUUAUUAAUAACAAUAGGGUGUUUAGUUAAUUUGUUGUAAUAAAUUUGGGUAUUUAUCGCUGUCUUUUGGGGACAGAUGACAUCCCAUAAAUGACAGAAAAUACAAUUUACCUGCGAAUCAUACUCACAGAAAACAACUUUCACUGUCAAGUAUCCUCUCGCAAACUUUAUAUGUUAUUUUUACAGUCAUUGAUACCAUCAAGAUACACUCUGUCUAAUGACAGAAUACAUAACAAUAGCAGUUGUUGUUUGUCAUUUUAGUUUUAGCAUUACUUAUUUUCUGUCAUUUUUUGGAUGUCACCAGUCGAAAUCAUCCCUAACUCGAAAACCAUAAUAUUUAAAUUAUUUUUUAAAUAAAUUUUUCAUAGAACUAUGUUA